AUGUCUGUGUUCUGGCAGCGAGUCCCUACUACAUCUACGACCUUCACGACAAGCACGUGGACGAAGGCGGAGAGUGACGUGCGAUGUGAGCGCGAGGCGUCCCGGCCCACUUACACCUGGUUCAAGGACGGCGAGAGUCUGCAGCACGUGUCUGGGGACGUGGAGAUACUCAGCAACACCCUCACCGUCGUCAGCCCUGAUGCGCUCGUCAUAAACGGCAUGUACCAGUGCCGGGCCAGCAAACAUCCAUGGCCGUCUUACUCCACAGGACAGAUGAGAGUUUUGGCUCAAACGACCAUCAGUACCUACCCAGGGACACUACAGUGCAGGUCAACAACAACGGCCUUCCUGUCCUGCGUAGUGUCACAUGACCCGGAACUCGAUCUUCAGACAGACUGGCUCUUCCAAGGGAAGCCACUCUACUGGAAAGAUGCCCACUAUCGCAAGGGCUCAGAGGGAGGAUUGUCGGGUCUGUACAUUCAGGGCUGUCAACGACGGCACGCGGGGCAGUACACGUGUCUGGCAGUCACCACCUUUGACACUGUCACUGCCAACGCUACGCUCACCGUCGUCGGGCCGCCCUCGGAGCCUGCAGGGUUGACUGUAGAGACCAGCCUGGACUACACCAGCAGGAGCAUCACCUUACGGUGGACACCAGGUGACGCCGGGGGCAGUGCUGUGACGUCAUGGACAAUACAAGCCGCCACGGACUUCAACCCGGCUUGGACCUUCAUCAUGCAAAACGUACCGGAUUCCUCCACCAUUGUUCAGGGCCGUGAGAGAAGGGAGAUAACUAUCACUGAGUUGCGGCCGUGGACGGCGUACAAGUUCAGAGUUAGCGCCCGUAACGCUCACGGUCUUGGUCCUUACAGUGUGCCGUCUGCUUACCACCAGACGUCAGAGGGCCCUCCCACUCUUGCACCUGGCAACAUCACUGCUGGCGAGGGGAGCAAACUCGGUGACCUGAGUAUCACCUGGACGCCCUUGCGCGAGGAAGACCAUGGUGGGGCUGAGUUUGGCUAUAACGUUUACUACCGUCUGCAUGACCGACCUGGCAACUGGCAAAAGGGUACGGUUGGUGAUGUUGGCUCCUUCGUGGUUCUCGUGGGGAAAGAAAACUUUUAUUCUCUCUAUGAAGUCAUGGUGCAGCCGUUCAACCGGGCAGGGGCUGGUCCCAACUCUUCUGUUGCGACGAUCUAUUCGGCAGAGGAUCUACCUAUCGGAACUCCUGGUAAUAUUUUAAUCUUCCCCCACAACUCCACUGCACUCGAUAUCACCUGGAUCCCGGUGCCAGACACCAAGGAAGCCGUGAGAGGCAAGAUUCUUGGUUACCAGGUAAACUAUUGGGAAGAUGUAACUAAUCCCCUCAUCAUGAGCCACUACACUGGGGAAGCCUCCAGUGGAGCCACAGUCAUUGGUCUGUUGCCAAACACCAUGUACGUCAUGGAUGUACAGGUCUACAACUCGGCGGGCCUCGGACCAGUCAGCGAGAAGAACAAACAGAGGACAUACAACAGUGGGAUGACGUCACAGCCAACAGAAGUGAUGGUGUCGUCUCACGGUACAGACAGUGUGUACGUCACAUGGCGCGGUAUCUCCCGCAAACAGAAUGAAGAGACUCUUGUGAGCUACACGAUUGCUACCUGGCCGUAUACAGACAACAUUCGGACUGCUGAGAUCGUGUUUACGGGCAGAAACACGUAUGGCGUAGUAAGAGGAUUGAAGAAAGAUGUUCUGUACAAACUGCGGGUGUGCCCAAUCAAUCUGGGGGGUGACGGCGCCAGUAGUGUGGAACUGCUUAUCACAUUGGGGGGCCUGAUACGCUACGACACAACGAAAACGGACAUUCUCGCAGGUGUCGGUCGACAGGGCGGCUCAUUGUGCACUGUAAUUCUUCUUCUCGCUUCUUAUCUACUGUUGUAAAAAAAAA